AUGGCGAAAGAAAUCCUUAGCACACCACUGUUGACAGUUCGCGAGGCGUCUGUGGAGGACCUUCUUCUAGCGGAGCCAGAGCCGGACCAUCCUGGGAAAUGCCAAGUCACAGGAGUCGUUCUGGGGGAUGGGAGCACAGUAUGUGCCGGGAGCGUUGUCCUGACCACCGGUACGUUCCUGAGGGGCAUGGUCCUCAUCGGACUGGAGAAGCACCCAGCUGGGCUGCUGGGGGACCAGCCACCAGCCAUUGGGCUGGCUCAGACGCUGGAGAAACUGGGGUUUGCCAUGGGCAGGCUGAAGACUGGGACGCCACCCCGACUCGCCAAAGACACGAUUGACUUCAGCGGUCUGGAGGAACGGGCAGCUGACAAUCCUCCGGUGCCCUUCAGCUUCCUCAGCGAGGCGGUGUGGAUCGAGCCGGAAGAUCAGCUGUCAUGUUACCUGACGCGCACUACCCCGAAAGCCCAGCAGAUUAUCUGUGAUAACCUCCACCUGAACAACCACAUAAGGGAGACAACAAGGGGCCCGCGGUACUGCCCCUCUCUUGAAUCAAAGGUCCUGCGCUUCCCAAACCGAGAGCAUCAGGUGUGGCUGGAGCCCGAAGGCUUGGAGUCCGAUGUCAUUUACCCCCAAGGCAUGUCCAUGACGCUGCCACCUGAGCUCCAGGAGCAGGUGGUCAAAUCCAUCCCCGGCUUGGAAAAAGCCAAGAUCGUACAGCCAGGCUACGGGGUGCAGUAUGAUUAUUUAGAUCCCCGUCAGCUGACCGCUUCUCUCGAGUCCCGGCUCGUCCAGCGCCUCUUCUUUGCAGGCCAGAUAAACGGCACUACAGGCUACGAGGAAGCUGCAGCUCAGGGUGUGAUUGCUGGGAUCAAUGCUUGCCUGCGGGUUCACGGCAAGCCCCCUUUCGUUGUGAGUCGCACCGAAGGCUACGUUGGCGUCCUGAUCGACGACCUUACCACGCUGGGCACCAGCGAGCCGUACCGGAUGUUCACCAGCCGCGUGGAGUUCCGCAUGUCCCUCCGGCCCGACAAUGCCGAUGCCAGGCUCACCCACAGAGGUUUUGAAGAAGCCGGGUGUGUGUCGCAGCAGCGAUACGAACAAGCAGUGAAGAUGAAGGCUGCUCUGGAGGAUGGAAUUGCAACGCUAAAAUCCCUUCAAUUCAGCAUAUCCAAAUGGUCCCGGUUAAUACCAGGAGUUCCCAUCAGUAGCAGUCGAAGGUCGCCUGCCAGUGCCUUCGACAUCCUUCAGUACCCAGAGGUCAACAUGGAGGUUCUGGCGAGGGCUGUCCCAGAGCCCCUGGGAAAGCUUGCUCAAUGGAGACAACUGGCGGAGAGACUGAAAAUAGAAGCUGCUUACGAGUGGUGUGUAGUCAAUCAACAGCAGGAAGUAGAAGAGGUGCGUCGUGAUGAAGCCCUCCGACUGCCGGAGGACCUAGAUUACUUUGCCAUUGAUGCGUCGCUCUCAGCAGAGGUGCGGGAGAAACUGGACUCUAACCGUCCCCAGACGAUUGGUGCAGUCAGCCGCAUCCCUGGAAUUACACCAGCUGCUAUUGUUAACCUGCUGAGAUUUGUGAAAACCAAUCACCAGAAGGCAGAGAGGCUAAAAGCUUUGCCUCAGACUGGCAGGUACUUACCAGGGAAAAUGCACUCGGAGAAAGCAACUUCCCAAAGACGGAUUUCCGCAGAGCUUCCGGAAGAGGAGCCGGAGAGCACCUUUGUGAAAACGCCUGUGUAG